AUGAUGAUGGUGACUGGCCGCCUGCUGUUGCUAUGUGCCCUCUGCGUGCUGUGGUGCGGUGCCGGCGGUGGUGGAUGUUCUGAAGCAGCUCCAGAAGCUCCGGGUACUGGUGUGUCUGGUGACGGCAAUAAUUCUGAAGGUAAACACAACACAAUUGAUGGCGUUGGAGCAGUUGGCCCAACCGGUCAACAGGCAGCGUCACAACCAGCAGCACCAUCACCGGUGCCCGUACCAGGAACGGAAGAGGAAUCGGCACUACAACCCGCAGCAGAGGCAUCAGGAACGGCGGAAGAAACGACGAAAAAAGGUGAAGCUGAUAAUGAAUUGAAGGAGGAAGAUGAUGAUGAAGGGGAAGAUGAAGUGGAGGAGGAAGUGGAAGUGGAAGUGGAUGAUGGCAAGGAGGAGGAGGGAGAGGAAGAAGAAAAAGUUGGUACCAGCACUACAAAGAGGAUUUCAGAAGGCGGUCAGGAAGAGCCAAUUUUAUCUUCUCGUGUGGAGGAAGCAUCGAAUAAAACAAAACCCCAAAGCACUCAAACAACUGGCGACAAAGAUCCAGCAGCUGAUGGUGCAGUGACACAAGAAGAAAAACAAAAUGAAAAUAAAGAAGCCAAUCCGAAGGAAACACCAGUCGAAUCCACAGUAAUGAAAACCACGACGGCGACGACUGGCGAAAGUGACGGCAGCACCGCGGUCUCCCACAACACCUCCCCUCUUUUGCUUCUUCUUGUUGCGUGUGCGGCUGCUGCUGCGGUGGUGGCCGCGUGA